AUGCCCAUCACUCUUCCCUCUGUCCGCGCCCUCCUCCGCAAUCGGGGCGCUACCCGUUAUUACUACCCGGCCGCCAUCCGAGCCACUCCGACGUCAUCCACCUCACCAUUGACUAUUAUUCAUCACCACCACCACCGCCGCCGACCUCAAUUUCCGCACCGAUUCCUCUCCAGCAAAUCCAACACCAUGGUCACCAAAAUCGCUGUCCUCGACGACUACACCGACACCUCGCCCGAGUUCUUCAACCAGCUCGGGCCAAACUACGAGGUCGUCUACUUCAAAGACACCUUGCUGCCAUAUAAUGGCGCCACCACACCCCAAGCAAUCAAGGACGAGCUUGUGAAGCGUCUCGAGCCGUUUGAAAUCAUUAGCACCAUGCGCGAGCGCACGCCCUUCCCCGCAGAGCUCAUCGCCCGCCUGCCCAACCUCAAAGUCUUCCUGACAACCGGCCACAUCAACCGCGCCGUCGACAUGGAAGCCAUGGCCGCCCGUGGGAUUCCCGUCGUCGGUGCUCUUGACACCGCUCCGGGCGACGCAGACAACAAUCUCAACUGCACAGCAGAGCACACCGUGGCGAUCAUCCUCGGCAUCGCGCACAACAUUGCUGCCGACUGCGCCAACGUCCACGCCGGCGGCUGGCAGACGCAAACCAAGAUCAAGCUCUCCGGCAAGACCCUCGGCGUCCUCGGCCUCGGGCGCUACGGCAUCGUGCUCGCCCGCGUCUUCAGCGCCGCCAUGGGCAUGAAGAUCAUCGCCUGGAGCCCCAACCUCACACAGGACGCAGCCGACGAGCGCGCCCAGCAGGCCGGCCUCCCCGUCGAGACGAAUGGCGUCAAGACGUUCCGUGCCGUAUCUAAAGAGGAGCUAUUUAGCCAGUCCGACGUGCUGACGUUGCAUCUGCCGCUGUCAGAGCGCUCGCGGGGCCUCGUCUCGGCCGUGGACCUGCAGCGCAUGAAGCCCACGUCGUUUUUUGUCAACACGUCGCGGGGCCCAAUUGUUGUGGAAAAGGACCUUUUGGAUAUCUUGAAGCAGGGCAAGAUUCGCGGCGCGGCGCUCGACGUGUUUGACAUUGAGCCGCUGCCCGCAGAUAGCGAGUGGCGGACGACGGAAUGGGGAAAGAAUGGGACUAGCAAUGUGCUUCUGACACCUCACUCUGCUUACGGCGAGGAUGAAAGCAUGAAGGGAUUCUAUAGGCAGCAGCUGGAGAAUAUCCAGCGUCUGGAGCGCGGCGAGGACAUGCUUCCGCUGUUGCACUAG